CUCUCGGGCUCUUUAUCGGAUACCCUAAGUGGGUGGAAAUCGGUUGAGGAGCUCCUUAUGAGUGACAACAACUUUAGUGGCACACUGGAGCCGCUCAGAAAUCUCACGUCGCUCAGGGAACUGUGGGUAGCCGACAAUUCGGUGAGAAGUAUGGCGAACAGUGGAAAGCGAGACUUGGUAAAUGCUUGUGUCAUCUUUUCUGGUAUUGCACUUUGAGGGUCACUUGCCUAUCGGCUUUCAGACAUUGAGGAAUCUCACCGAAAUCCACGCAGCAAAAAACGGGUGCACUCUGCGACAGACAUACGCCGACGGAUGCAAUUAAUGGGCUGGUGAAUCACGUUGUGAAUCGUCAGGUUGAGGUUGAUCGGCUUGUCUAAGCGCGACUACAGGGGCCCAGGAUGGUUUGAGAGCGUGAAGCAUUUGGAUCUCUCAUCCAACUAUGUCAGUGGGUCCAUCGACCUGUCUAUCUUCCCUAACCUCGAAUACGCCGACCUGAGCAACAAUCUCAUCACGGGAUUUGCCGGCAACGGACGUAUCCCAUACUCGUUCGCACGCUAGCUAUAUAUGUAUCCCAUACUCGUUCGCACGCUAGCUAUAUAUAUAUAUACACACAUACGCGCACACUGAGAUAGAGAUAUUGUGUGUGUUGUGUCGCGGUCGGUGUGUUUCUUAUGUGCAUGUCCGUGUGUCAGGUUGCAAGUCUUGCAUCUACAGCAUAACCUGCUGACCGCCCUGCCGGAGGGCUUCCGCUCAAUGCCCAAUUUAGAGACACUUAACCUCGCUAACAAUCACAUCAGCAAGUGGCCCAACUGGGGCUCCACAUUGAAAGGCCUCUGUUAUUUCUACCAAUUAGGUCAGCUGCGACAUACCAUAGGGGCGGGCAGACAGUUAUGUGUGUACACAUGUGUAAUUUGUGUGUAUGUGUGUGUGAUGGAAUGAUAGAAGACGCAGCGUCGGACGGCGGCAUGAUGGAUCUGUUGGAGAAUCUGUUGAAUUCAACUUACUUUCCACUCCCACCCGACUGGGGUUCUCUCACACACUUGGAUGUGUCCAAUAAUCCCAUCGCAGUCGACGCGACCGAGUUUUUUAUGCCCCUCAAAUGGCAGGACAAGUAAGUGAAGAUUACUGGCUUUCUGGCUUUCUGUGACUUGCUCUGUCUCUUUCUGUGUGUGUGACACUUUGCAGGUGUUGGAGGCAUCGAAUUGUGGGCUGUAUGGGGAAGUACGUUGUGAGGCCUCCUUUGUCUUCGACCGUGCGAUCCUGGAGGAGCAUAAGAUGAUCCUGGAGCAAGCCAAGACCACUUCAUCGACUUCAUCGGUAAGCACACAUACGUUGGCAGACGCGCAAACACAUAAUUACUACGCCACGAAAUCACUUGGUAUGUGGAUGUACACAGGUGGCCGAUGUGGUGGAUAUGCCGUUCCCGAUGCCCAACCUUGGGAAAAUCUCUUUGAGCGACAACAACAUCACCGCCAUCGACACGACUGAAACAUGAAAGGCAUGGGAGUCAUCGAUGUACCACCUUGAUCUGCGGAAUAACUCGCUCAGAAGAGUGACCAGCUACCCCGACCUCUUUGAAUCAAUCGACAAUCUGAAGCUCUCUCAGAACCCAGACCUGAAAAGAG